AUGUUGAAGAAACCCAUUGAUUGCAAAUGGAUUUGCAAGGUCAAGUACAAGUUGGAUUGCAUCAUUGAAAGAUACAAAGCGUGCUUGGUGGCGAACAGCUUUACGCAAAUUGAGGACUUGGAUUUUCGUGAGACAUUUGCACUAGAUGCCAAGCUCGUGUUGCAAUUGUGUGAGGAUACUUCUUCAAGUGCAACCUGGCACCUUAUCUUUGCUCUCAUCCCUUUCUUUCUUCUUUGCUUUCCUUCUUGUUUUCUUUAUUCGGCCGAUCACCCCAUCUUUGAAAAAAAUUCACCAUCGAGCUUUCUCGGUGAAUCAAAGCUUCUUCCUCUCAUCCUCUUGAGCUUGGUGACGAAGGAUUCUCCAAGGGGAAAGAAAUUGCCGACAAGUGAGUGCAUCUCGAGGGGAGAUGACUGGUUCAAUUGUGUGAAAUGUGAUCCCGAGGUCAAUGAAGAAAUGGAGAAGAGCUUCACCGAACUUCUCUUGGAGGAACUGAAGCGAAGAGAAGUAGAAGCAACAAAUGUUAACUUUUUUUCUAAAGAAUAAUUAGUAUGUUUGGUUGAUAAAGAAACAUAUUUUGCUAAAAGUAUGAUUGGUCAACAGAUGGUAGAUUUAUUAGUUACCCCCUGCCUCAUUCUACUUUUGAGAAAAUUGUUGAA